AUGGAGGGAAACUCGCCUCAUCGCUUGCCUAUAUUGAAGAAGGCUUUUACUGAUUUAGCUCCAAGAGUACUUCAGUUUUUGGCUCAGGCUGAAGUGAUUGCUGAUAAGCUUAAUGAGCUUGAGCUUAAGGGAAAUUCUACUCCAGAUAGAAGGGAAGAGAAGAAAUUAUGGCAGGCUUUCAUUAUUUUGAAUGAUAACCAUGAAGUGGUCCUAAUUGAUUUCAUUUCAGGGACUGUUUAUAUGCAUAGUCUGAAGCAUACCCCUAGCAAUUUUGUUCUCAUAAUGGAUGCUGAUUUAUCACAUUUGAUGAUGGAAUCUGAAGCAGAAACGAAGGUUAGUACGAAAAGUUUCUGCAUUGUUAUUUUUAACAUUCGUGCGAUGCUUAAUAACUUCCCUGUCUCACCAGCAUCCCCUCCUUCAAUGUCUACCCCACCAACUACUACGUCUCCCCCUCCUCAGCCUACACCUUCACCUUCAUCCAAUUCACCAUCACCAUCUUCCAGUCCUCCUCCUCCAACACGACCUUCUGAUCCACCUACAAAGCGUCCUCCUCCUCCCAAUCCACCAGCUACCUCAUCACCUCAACCAACUCAAAAUGUGGACCUCUGCCAUGGAAUAUGA